AUGGAAAACAUUUUCCCAUUGCAAGAAAGUGUUGAGAUCGAGGAGAUCUAUGGAAGGAAGAGACCCAAUGCAAAUCCCCCGAAAACAUCCAAAGCAUUUGGGAUGAAAAGCGGGGUUUUGGACUUUGUAGACACAGAAACAUACCAGAUGAAGCACCCCGACUGGUUUAGGAAGGGCGAAGUAAGUCAAUUAGAACUUCCAAGCAUGGAUGAGGUUAUCCGGGCUGUUGGGAAAGAAAAAUAUGUGGAGAGUAGAGACAGAAUAAUCGAUAGUUAUGAAAAUGGGUGCAGGCCGAUGACUGUUGGGAAAGCCCUGACACUGGUGGAUAUAGAUCUGUACUGGAUGCUUAAGAUCUUUUCGUUUUCAGAGAGGUGGGGUUUAAUCAAUUGUAGAAGCAUGAUUGUAAAGGAGAUCAAAAACCUUGAGUCUUUCAAGAUUGAGGAUGGCAUUUCUGUGCAAGAGACUUCUAAAGAAGGAGACACCGAAGAGAUUGUGGAUAUAAAAAGACAUUUGGAAGGAUCUAUGUGUAACUGUGGGGAAAAGGCAUCAUUUUUCACAAGGUCUUUAGUAUUUAGAUGCUCGGAAUGCAUUGAUAAUGGAGUCUACCCAGCAACUAUUCUAAGAUCGGACUUUCUCCCCAUUACCGAAUCUCUGGUUAAAAACAUGUGGUCCAAAAAAGAGGAGUUUCUUCUGUUGGAGGGAAUCAAUAAGUUCGGAGAUGAGUGGAAUUUGGUAAGUCAGCAUGUAGAAACCAAGACAAAAGAGCAAUGUAUAUUUCAUUUCCUUCGGCUUCCAAUACUGGAGAACACAUUUUCAAAGGCAGAUCUUUCUGUUGGAAGGCUAUUUGAGACGGCCGAGAAUCCGAUUAUGUGCAUUAUUGCCUUCAUAUGUGGAAUUGUCCAUCCAAAGGUUGCAUCUGAAUGUGCACGGAUUGCUAUCAAGGAUAUCGGCCAAUGCUCACAAGACGUGGUUGUUCAGCGUAUAUUAGACGCAGGAAAGGAAAAGGCAAGAGAGCAGAAGGAUUUGGAAACAAAGAAAAUAGAAAGGUUGAGAAAUGUAAUAUGCGAGGCAUUACUGAAUAAGAUCAAAAUGAAAAUAGGAGCCUAUAAGGACUUGUAUUUAUCUACACAAAGAGUGAGGAACGAACUGAUUGCAUUAAGAAGAGGUCUUAUUGAAGACAUGAACCUUACGGGGGAUGAGUGA